AUGGUAACGGGUGGGGGGCUUUACGGUAUUGUCUUUCUGACCAGUACUGGGAAAGCCAGCGAGAGCUCGGCCCCUACCUCCAUUACAUGCUUUACAAGGGGACUUGAUCUCAGAAAGAAUAAGGUGGAUGUCCUCUGCCCACCAAAUUGUCCUAUAUCGCACUUCUUUGUCUAUGGAAAUGUUGUUUAUGCCUCCAUUUCCAGCAUUUGUGGAGCUGCUAUUCACAGAGGUCUAAUCGCCAGCUCGGGUGGACCUGUAAGAGUGAAAAUGUUACCAGGGCAAGAGAACUACUCUGCAGUAUAUGCCAAUGGAAUCCAGUCCCAAGUCCUCUCCAGAUGGUCUGCAUCAUUCUCAGUAUCCAGUUUGAGUGGAGCCCUUGAAGCGGCCGGGCGGCCAGUUUCAACAGCACGCCCACCCACAGCUAAGCGAACUAAGAAGCCUCUUGAGAAAAAGUCUGGGAACAAAGACUGUAAAGUGGAUAUUGCUUUUCUGGUUGAUGGAAGCUACAAUAUCGGGCAGCGCAGAUUUAAUCUGCAGAAGAACUUCGUUGGGAAAGUUGCAAUGAUGCUGGGAAUUGGAAUUGAAGGACCACAUGUUGGAGUUAUACAAGCCAGUGAACAACCAAAAAUUGAAUUUUAUCUCAAAAACUUCACUGCAUCAAAAGAUGUCUUAUUUGCCAUAAAAGAGAUAGGUUUCCAAGGAGGCGAUUCGAAUACAGGGAAGGCUUUGAAACACACAGCUCAACGAUUUUUUUCCAUUGAAAACGGGGUACGCAAAGGCAUCCCUAAAAUUGUUGUAGUUCUCAUAGAUGGCUGGCCCUCAGAUGAUAUGGAAGAAGCUGGUAUAUUGGCCAGAGAAUUUGGUGUUAAUGUAUUCAUUGUAUCCGUUGCAAAACCUAGCCCUGAAGAACUUGGGAUGGUUCAAGAUGUUGGCUUUAUCGAGAAGGCUGUUUGUCGAAACAAUGGCUUCUUUUCCUACAACAUACCAAGCUGGUUUGGCACUACAAAAUAUGUGAAGCCCCUCGUUCAAAAGCUCUGUGCUCAUGAACAAAUGCUAUGCAGCAAGACUUGCUACAACUCCGUGAACAUAGCUUUUCUGAUCGAUGGCUCAAGCAGUGUUGGCGAUAGCAACUUCCGUCUCAUGCUUGAAUUUAUCAGCAAUGUUGCCAAAUCAUUUGAAAUCACAGAUAUUGGUGCUAAAGUAGCAGCAGUGCAGUUCACUUAUGAUCAGCAUAUUGAAUUCAGCUUUGCAGAUUAUGUCACAAAAGACGACGUUAUUUCUGGUCUUCGGGGAAUCCGCUACAUGAGUGGGGGUACAUCCACAGGAGAAGCCAUUAGCUACACAACCAGAAAUGUGUUUGGACCUGUAAGAGAUGGGCCCAACAAAAAUUUUCUGGUUAUUUUGACUGAUGGUCAGUCUUACGAUGAUGUCCGAGGGCCUGCUGCUUCUGCUCAUAAAGCAGGUAUCACCAUCUUCUCUGUUGGCGUUGCUUGGGCUCCACUAGAGGAUUUAAAAGAUAUGGCAUCGGAACCAAAGGAAACACAUACUUUCUUCACAAGGGAAUUUACAGGACUGGGACAGAUUGUUCCUGAUGUUGUUAGAGCCAUUUGCAGAGAUUUCAUGGACUCCAAACAAUGAAUGGAAGGCUGAAGGAGACGAGUCUCAGCACAUC